AUGAGCCGGCCGGGCGGAAGAAACAGGUCGUACACGUUCAAGUUGCAGGUCAGGUCGGUGGAGAGAGAGAAGGACGUGUAAUGCACUAUUGGCUGGGUGUGCUGGUGGUCCUGGAGCACGAGAAAGCUAUGGGGCGCCGUGAAUCAUCACAACCUCCCCUUCUUGGUACAAUCCACGAUGACCCCUAGUUUCAGGCGCGUCCGGCGCGCGCAUGCGCCCAAUCACGUGCAGGCACGUCUUGCUGCCCAAUCACGUUCACACAUCUCGGAGACGAAGAGCACGAAGAGAAACCGCAGCGAAGUCCAGGUCCGAUCGAUCGCGGCCCGACCAACCCGCCGUCCGUUGGUCUCACGUUUCCUGGAGCCAACAGAAGGCGCCAAGAUUUACGCCGGACCUCGCCACAACAGACCCCUGUCUCUGGCGGGUGCGAUCGGAACAGGGCACGGAACUCAGCACGACCCCUGUUGUGGGAGGUUAGUCCUUUGAGAUUUUGACAUCGUUGACACGGGUGACAGGAACUACUUUUAUCUCUCGAGGGGGUUCGUGUGGAGUAAGAUGAUUCGCUGGUUUAAACUGAAACCACAUUGACAUGUGUCAAGCGUCAAGCGGGAGAGGUGGACUUUUAAUUUUGUUGUGAAGUGACGUCUCAAGGAGGAAAAAGUUCGCCAAGCUCACGCCGGUGCAGCCGGUCUCGUGUAAGGGCCCGGUCGUGGACAGAGCGCGCAAUAACGUACCCAUGGCGGGACGCGCGUAUGUAGAACACACGCGAAGAUUGCCUGCCAGGCUUUGUGCGCACAUGGCC